AUUUUGUAAUGACAUUUAAAAGUCAACACGUUUUGCGAAGCCCCAGUGAAAACAGUACGUCUCCAAGUACAAAACGUAAACAAAUACUAUCAAAACAAAAAAUGAAUUUGGCCACGGACUUUAAACAAAUCCCAACACGGGCAACAUUAGCAUUACAACGGAAAAAUCAAACUAGUGACUUUCAAGCACUCAUAUUUGAAGAUCCCACAAAACCUCUGCCCCCGACAAAGGACAAUACAUUGGAGAGACCACAGAAUCCCGAUGGGGUUGGUACUAAAAGGAGCAAAUCUAAAGAUGAACCGGAGGAAUUCGAUAUCAAGAAAGCUCGUAAUGAAGUACUUCGAUUUGCUAUGAAUAAUCAGCGAGUUAUCAAAAACAAAAAGAAAAUGGAAACAUUCCAACUUAUCAAAAUGGGGGCAAAGCCACCAAAGAAAGAGUAUAAAAACUACAAAGAGUUAUUAGGCGAACGUAAGCGUUUAAAGAAAAUUCGGGAAGAGCGUAAGAAAUUCCAUCAGUUGGGCAAAAAUCAGACAGGUGCUGCUUCUGUGAAAUGCCGGAGUAAAUCAAAGAUGGAGAAACAGCAAAAGAAACGUGCUCCUGUAACCGCAAUAGACCAGAAUUAUGGUGUUGUUAAGCCAAAAUUAAAGAAAAAGAAAUGAAAUAUGAAAUAAUUUCAAUAAAGUGAAAAUUAUAUAUGUAA